AUGCCACAUGUUAAACAAAAAAUGAUAGAAUCAUGCCCAAAGAAACGUAUGUUAUUGGGAAUCACGGUAUUAGGAAUUUUAACUAUAUUAGUACUAUUUAUUGAGUCACACUGGACAGAGUCGACCAAAAGAGACAAAAAGUCAAAUUUCAUUGUGGAGCAAAAUUCAACCUGCUGGGAGAACGGUCAUUUUGAAGUAAUCAAGGAAUGUGAACCCUGUACAGCGUUUGAAAUUCGUAGCAAAACUAUUGGUGUUUGCAUUCAUAGCCAUUACAAAGAAGUUCUCAAGUGUGCUAAUGGUGAAACUGUAACAAGAAGUUGUGAUAAAGCUGUUUAUUAUGAUGAACUAUCGUUUUGGAGGUUUGAAGGAUUUAUGUUUGCCAUAGGAUUAAUUUCUACUGUUUGUGUGAUAUCAAGAAGAAGAGUAUUAAACAAAAGGAUUUUACAAAGAGUUCAACGACAACUUGCAAACUGUGUUUAA